CCUUUCAAGGCUUGCUCUCCCAACCCCCUCGGAAAAAAGGGAAGGGAGCUGAGGUCACCGCAGACCCCUAUGACAGGGCUGAUAAACUCUCAGUAGUUACCCAAUGCCAAUUCUCUUCUGCAUUAACCAGAUUCAUUUGAAUUUUUUUUUUUUUUUUGAUUAAUGAAAACUGAAAGAACUCCAGGAAAUUUAAGGUGUCAUACCUUCCCAAAGUUAAAUGCCAAGAUGUAGAAGUAUGCUAUUUUGUUGCUACAGCUGAGCAUGCUGUGUUUCAGUGAAGGAGUUAAUUGAAACGUAAUGAGUGUGUAAGUGUAAUGAAAAACAAGGUAGCCAUUUCAACAUCAGGAAAUAAUCAUAAAGCUGUUCUUAUUUUUCCAAUCUCAUGUAGAACCUUCCCCCACCCAUUAAAGUGAACCGACUGUAUGAUUCACGUAUUAAACAAAUACUGAGCUCCACCUGUGUCAGGGACUGUAGGGGACAGGAGAUAAAGCGGGGAGCACACAGGAAAAACCCCUUCCACCCUGGCUGGAAGGUCGGGCAGAGAAGGAAGGGGAGAGGGAGACAGAAAGAGUUGUUUCCUUAUGGAAAAAGACAAUUUCCAGCCGUUAGAACUAGAGACGAGUGAAGCUUCCAAAAGGACAACUCCCAGAAGAAUUAUCCAUUUUGCUGAUGGAGACAUCAUGGAAGAAUAUAGCACAGAGGAGGAGGAAGAGGAAGAAAAUGAACAGACAACAAAUUCAACACUUGAUCCUUCUAAACUUGCCUGGGGGUCUUACCUAUGGUUUUGUGCAGGGCAAAUAGCAAGAACCUCAUUUUCUACCUGUGAAUUCCUUGGUGAAAGAUUUGCUGUCUUCUUUGGUCUUCAUCAGCCCAAGUACCAGUAUAUGUUAAAUGAGUACUGUAGAACACAAAGUAAGCAAAGUGACAAGGGAAGUGAAGAGAAUGGAUCAAAGGCCCAACCAGCCAAUGUUCCUAAUGAGAAAUGUCACCUGGAGGCCAGGGGCCGUGAGUACGGAACAAGACUGCAAGAUGUUGCAGAGGACAUUUCUCAGUGGAGCGCCUCGUCCAGGGAGGGCCCGAUGGCAGAUUCCAGCUCCUGAUGGGCAGCGGGGCUAUGGUGCCCCUGGAUUUCUGUUCCCUGGUCAUUGAUUACCAUGGCAACAGCACCACAGGUGGUGCUUCUGAGCCAGAUCUGAUCUUAAUCUCUUUGUGAUUUAUGCUGCACUAGCCAGGAAUUGCAAGCCAUCAUGAGAACAAUUGUGGUUUCUUUCUCAAUAUACAUUUUUAUUUAUAAGCCCUGAAACCCAACUCCACCCCAGUGGUGCAAGUCCUGUCCAUCAGUUGUGGGCUGUUAGUAUUGAUAUUUGCAUAGUAGUGUAAGUGACUUAUGGAAGAGGGCAUGGCAACCCACUCCAGUAUCCUUGCCUGGAGAAUCCCAUGGACAGAGGAGACUGGUGGGCUACAGUCCAUAGGGUUGCAAAGAGUUGGACAUGACUGAAGUGACUAAGGACAGCAUAGCACAGCACAUAAAUGCCUUAGGGAACUUGGGCAUGGGAGUUUUAGGCUAAAACUCUUUGUCAGGUGGCUAGGGUGUAGAAAAGAACCCUCUGUUCCUAAAAAGAAAUUUUGGGCAUCAUAAAGUCUAAAUAAAACUUUCUUUUGGGGUUUCACGUAAGGGCUGUCCUUCCCUACAGCUGCUGGUUUACUUGAGGCUUGCUUUCCCCAAUAAGCAAACAUUGCUAAUAACUCUGUUACGACAUAGCAAUCUUUGAGAGUUGGGUGCAUUUUUCCCCAAACACAUCAAAAAUAAAUGGCAAUCUAAGUCCUACAGAAAGUAUUUGGAAAAAGUAAAUGACUCUCUCGUUAACUUGUCAACAAAUUUUGGAAAACUGUAAAGAUCAGACAUGGAAAUCAUAAGUGCAUAACACAGGUUGUACUGGCCAAAGGUAGCUAUGAUAUACAAAACUAUAGGUUUUGCAAUAAUAAGACCUGAGUUCAAGUUUCAAUUCUGCUUCUUACUAGUUGUAUAAUUUUAGAUGUCUUAAUUUCUGAGCCUCUACUUCUUUCUUUGUAAAAUGGGGGUUUUAUUUGUUUCUCGAGUUAUUGUUAAACACACUGAAAUAAUAAAGAUGAAAACUCUUUUUAAAA